AAGACUCUUUCUGCUUGGCAACCCGGAACUUACAGAAAGCAAGUUGAAGGCGAAAUGGGUUGCGAUGGAGGAACCAUCCCGAAGCGGCACGAGCUGGUGAAGGGCCCUCGUAAGGUGGAGAAGGUUGACAAAAAUGCAGAAUUAGUAGCCCAAUGGUACUAUUGCACUCUAAGUCAAGAAAAAUUAAACCGACCUAUAGUAGCUUGUGAACUUGGCAGACUUUACAACAAAGAUGGAGUCAUUGAAUUUUUGCUGGAUAAAUCUUCCGAUAAAGUCCUUGUGGAAGCUGCAUCCCAUAUCAAGAGUAUUAAGAAUGUCAUAGAAUUGAAUCUCUCAGACAAUCCAGCUUGGACUGGUGAUAAGGGUAAUACAAAAGGAGAUAAAUAUGCUGAUAUCCAAAGUGCACGUUUUAUUUGCCCUGUAGUUGGAUUGGAAAUGAAUGGAAGGCAUCGCUUUUGCUUCCUACGUAACUGUGGAUGUGUGUUUUCCGAACGCGCUCUCAAAGAAAUUAAAACUGAAACUUGUCACAAGUGUGGGAUCCCUUUUCAAGAUGACGAUGUAAUUGUUCUUAAUGGCAGUAAAGAGGACGUAGAGGUGCUAAAGAAAAGAAUGGAGGAGCGAAGGCUGAAAAGUAAAUUAGUGAAGAAAUCCAAGAAACCUAAGGUAGCAGAGACCAUUGUGAAAUCAGAAGCCGCUGAAGAUUCACUGAGUCCAUCUCAAGUAAAUGCUGCAAAGGAUGCUACACAAACUGGAGAAAAGAGAAGCAUUGCCUUCUGCAAAAGUUCAGUCAAUGAAAAAGCGCCAUCUUUCUCUGGAAAAAGCAUCCAAGGUGCAUCAGAACCUGUGAAGAGGCCCUCAGCAGCCAGUGAGAAAUCAGAAGCGUACAAGUCUAUUUUUACUUCUCACAGCUCGGCCAAACGCUCUAAGGAAGAGUCUUCCAAUUGGAUUACACACACCGCAUACUAUUUCUGAAACAGAAAAUUGUAUGAUUUUGAGCGUGCCCUGCUUUUUGCCACCUGUUGCUUUCUGCUUAUAGGAGAAGCUUUUGUUAUUGGAAAUAGUGCUUUUUAAUAAGAAAACAGCUUUAAAAACAAGCCAACAUAGUUUUGAAUAGGACAUAAAUGAAAAAGAUAGCUGAACGUGGCUCUAAAUUUUAAAGGGUAGCUACUUUGAGUAAAUGCUCACCAUAAGAAUGACUGCUUGAUGUCCUUUUCAAAGAGGGCAACUGUGCUUAUUUUAACUAGGUUCUGUUUAAUCUGAAUAAUUAGGCUACACCUGAGUGCACAGGCACACUUGGUAUCUUGUAAAUAUUUUCUAUCAAUUUAUCUUAGUGGGAGAUUUCAAAAUUGUGAAUGGAAAGGUAGAAGCCAGCAUUACAUCAUCCUAAUUCUUCUCUAGAUUUCUUACAGAUGUCACUUGAGACAUUUCCCCAUCCUAGGGUCCAGAUGUGAGAUUAAUUUAAUAGGUCCUAAUCCUGAAGCAGAUGCAAGAACGACAUGUCCAAGAAUUUUUGUGGGGUGAUAAGCCACAAUCACACUUUUGCCUUCUUUAUUGUAACUUGUUCAUCUUUCAUGAUAGUAGCUCUUUUUGAUCUAAGAGUUCUCAUAUUGUUAAUUAUUAAAGUAUAACCGUAAUUCUGCAGUUUCUAAAAAGAGCAAACAGUGUUUGUAACAUUCUGACACCUUGUAUAUUCAAAUAAAACACAGUAAUUGAGUAA